ACAGGUGUCACUAUGUCCAUUUUAUUGGUUAACAAAAAUUCAAAACAUGCAUAUGUAUAAACAUAUGUAUGUGUAUAGGUGAGGGUAGUCUCACAAUAUCAAUAAGCAUGAAGUGAAGCCGUGCUUUUAAUUGAACUUAAAUAUAACUAAUUGCAACAACAAAUCACUCACAUUAGAUUUGUACAAUAUAGUAACAAAUCGCAUGCUAAUGUGGCAAUAAAAAACAGAAAAACUGAUAAUACCAAAUUAUAAUAGUCCGAGGUUAAUACACACAAAUAUAAACGGUGUACUUGAAUGCACCGUGAGCUCUGCGCGUUCACAACACAUUCGUUUUACCAUAAAAAACGAUGUAGACGUGCUACUAAUUUUAAUGGUGGGUGGGUGUGGGCGCGCGCGCGUUUGGGUAGAAAUGAAGCUGACGGGCGACUGCAUGAAUCAUUUUCUUAAACGUCUGCUUCUUCACGUCUCACGCAAGAGCUUUUAGAGAUGCGUUACCAUGACAGAACGUAACAGACUAAUGAAAAUAUAAACAUUUUCCUCAAUUUUGGCUCAAAUUCACAAUUCUUACUUACUUACUUAUUACGCAUCAGCUGAAGUACCGCCGAGGAACCGUAACUGAGAGGAGACGACCCCCUCUGUGCAAGGUAGGAAGUAAUUAUUCUUUUAUUAUUCACAGGUUGCUGAAACAGGUGUAGCUAACAAUAAAAAGUAGGUAGUAGUUGGUGGCGUGUGAUGUGAUGGUCACAAUUCCUGGUAACCUGCUGAUAAACUACAAAAAAGGAAGUGUUUUUGGAGUUUAAACGUGUGGCCAGCAUCACAACUGGAACUGUUCAGUGGUGAUAUCAAAAUGUCGUUUCUGUGUUUAAAUGAUGCAAAGAGUCUCAAUAAUGACUCUUACACUUGAGCUGGGCCACUGAGCAGCUCUGACAAUCCACUGUUUGAUAUGCUGGACAGGACAAGUCUAAAAGGCUUGAACAAGGAAGUCGACGGGCUGCCUCAGUCGUGUGAGGAGAAAGAGAGAUGUGGGGGUUAAAGCCACAUGCAAAGAAGCUGGUGAUGGCUGGUGUUGCCUAUGAAGUGCUCACUGUAUGCUUAAAAUAGAUGAUUUUUUUUUUUUAUAAAAAAAGACCCCUAGAAUUGUGAUAUUUCUACUACCUUGAUGAAUAGAAAUGGUUACACCAGUCGCGACAAUCCCAUUUAAAUGCUCUAUUUGACACUUUCGCCCUCAUCAUGUUCAAAUGUUUUUAAUAAUUAUAUUAAUUGAUCCUUAUUAGUCCAUACGUGGCCAGCUUUUGUAUGUUCAGCCAGCAAUACCAAUAUGUUAGUGGGUGGUACGUGCAUGGCAAUGAUACACAAUACAUGUUUUAAUACACAUCUGACUUGAAAAUGGGCCAAAAAACAUUCUGCAAGAUGUGAUGAUUUUAACUGAAGGACAAACAGGAGUGGGAAUUUCACAAUAUGAAGAAUAAAAGAAAAAUUUCAAAUGUCAGUAAAGUAACUUUACAUUAUGGAGCGGUAUGUUUACAAAAGGAUGAAGACGUCAGUAUGUCACCUGUCUGUCCACCUGAUGUUGACCCAAUGCUGUCAACAUCAGCUGUUUAUCAAAACACCUUUAACUUGUUUAAUAUGGCCCUUUUCCACUAUGGUCCCGGCUCGGCUUGCCUCACCUCGGCACGGCACAGUUUAGAUUGGUAGUAUCAGUUCAUUAAAAAGAUUUGUUCAGUACUUCCUGCAUGACCGGAGCACAGACUCCGUCUGACACAGUCACUGAACUGAAAUACAGCGGCAGGGUGUGCAGGUUUCUGGCAGUGCUGUAGCUAAAUACACCAGACUUCCUGUUAAAUGAUGAGAUUUCUCAUGCUAAAUGUUGGAGAUUAAUCCACAUUUUCAGAAUUGUUUAGUCUUUUUAACUGAUCUACAGUUCGGCAUUGUAUGGCCUGUAUCUUGUGUCAGACGUUUCUUUCUGUGACGGCACUCUGACCAAUCUGGCAGUCUGAUGAUGUCAUGCACAGUAUUUGCUCAGCUUGAAACCUCACCAGACCAGGUACCAGGUACUAGCACUAAUGGAAAAGCAAAAUAACCGUGCUGUGCCGAGGUGAGUCGAGUCGCACUAGUGGAACCACGCCGUAUGUCACAACAAUUCUUGUUUUCAAGCAGAAAAUCCCAACGUUAAACAGCUCUACAAAUCCUGCUUUGUAGUUUAGUCCUCUUCUCUGAUGAGUUACUGUUACAAACUUAUGAUUUGACUGCUUCAGUGGUUUCUUUUAAUUAUGCUUUAGCUGAAUUGCUGUCAAUUAAGGCAUGAUGUUGUUUCUGUCUUUCUUACUUUCAUUUUUUUUGUCCCCACAGAUGAUGGCCGUUUUAAGUAAACCGCCAUGUCUGGCAAAAAUAAGUGCUAUUUGCCUUGCCAUUGCAUUAUUUCUAUAUUUUGAGCCACAGUCUCCUUUGUGUCCAUCUACAUCUACAUUAGCUGAUGAAUUAAAUGCUGACGGCACUGAAAAGCCCAUUGUCCUGCUGUGGUUCUGGCCUCUUGGUGUGAGGUUUGAUUUCAAAAUCUGCUCAACCUACUUCAACAUUAGUAGCUGCAUACUGACUGAUGAUAGAUCCAUGUACAGCAGAGCAGAAGGAGUCAUUAUCUUCCAUAAAGGUAUCAAAUGGUACUGGAAUAACCUUCCCAAGGACCCACGUCCAUCUUUUCAGAAAUGGAUUUGGUUCCACUUGGAAUCUCCGACAAACACACUGAAGAUACCAGGUUUGGAAAACCUGUUCAACUUAACACUGAGCUACAGACGAGACGCCGACAUUGUGGUGAGGAAUGAGGUGACUGUCAAGAAAGAAGAGAUGAAGGACGUCUUUGUUCUGCCCAAGAAAGACAAACUGUUGUGUUGGAUUGUCAGUAACAAUGCUGCGAGCACUGGAACAAGCACAAGAGAGAAAUAUUCCAAUGAACUGUCCAAACAUAUAAAGAUUGAACUGUUUGGUUCUGCACAUACAGGGCGUCGGUUGAGCUAUGAAGACUAUUACCCAACCCUUGCUAGUUGUAAGUUUUACCUCUCAUUUGAGAACUCGCUCCACAAGGACUACUUUGGAGAAAAGGUAAACGGGCCCCUCGUUGCAGGGUCGGUCCCUGUAGUUAUGGGUCCACCAAGAGAACACUAUGAGCAGUUUAUUCCCAAUGGCUCCUUCAUUCACAUCAAUGAUUUCCCUGACGCAAAAUCACUGGCAGAGUUUCUACAGCAGCUGGACAAGGAUGAUAAAGCAUACAUGGGUUAUUUUGAGUGGAGAAAGUAUUAUAAAGUGGUGCCUCAUCUAUUGUCAAUACAGAAUGAAUUCAUUCAUCCCAUCUGCCUCGCCUGUGACCACAUUUCAAAAGACAAGGAGUACCAUGUAGUUAAUGACCUUUAUGAGUGGUACUUUACAUGAAAACUGCUGUGACAUCAUUUUGUUGGAAGUUAUUAGGCAGUGAAGACACUGAAUAUCUCAGGGUUCUUGGUUGUGAUUGAAUACUCUUAAAAAACUCUUAAUUGGACUUGGUUUAUUGGUUCGUUUUUUAGACAACAAUACGUUUUCCUUUACCUUGUUUACCAGUUUUAGUGUGUAUCUUCUGCCUUCCUCAGAACUGUCACCUGAUGUUGGAUGAUGGUGGUGCAGUGCCUUCUCAGCUAACACCAGGUGACAGUUCUGAGGAGAAGAUACACAAUUUUUUAUGAUGGUUUUGGUUUUUAGUUAACCGUAUCAUGAUCAUAUUCACAAUACAAAAAAGACAAGAGCAAAUUUGUGCAUGUUGUGCUAUUUUAAUAAAUAAAUAAAAAAAAGUGUAAGCAAACUGAGGGAAAGUAUGAUAUUAAGAUCACUUCCUGUUUCCUAAAAUAAAAGCUUUGCCUGUCCAGCAUUCGUAUUAUAUGAUGGGGUUCUUGGGAAAUCCUUUUUAUAAUUUACCUUUUGUAAACUAAAAAAAAACAUUUCACAUUAAACAAUUGAUUGAAAACA